AUAUCUCGGAACUUCAAUUUCUAAUUUCUAACCUCUAACCUCUAGCAUCAGGCCUCUAAUGACUAUCAAAUCAGUUGGGAUCGCUCUGCCUGUCCCUGUCCGUGGUAACAUCCUUGCAAUAUCACUUGGUUCAUUGGCCAAUGAUUAGGUUAGGAUAUUAGAAGCUUGGUGGGAGGGAGGGGAGGAUCGCAUUUCGAGAGAUACCAUACCAAGUAUUGCCAAGCCACCGUUGCCCAGACUUCGAAGACACAGGAGAAGAAGAAUACAAAUAGAAGCAUGGCCAAGGCCGCGAAGAUGUCCAUAGCAGUCCUCCAUCCCAGCUCAAGCUUCAGUGACUCCUCCUUCUUUGACAUCCAGCACCAUGCGUUUCUCUACCGGAAUCUACACCGCGGCUCUGCUUGCAUCGGCUGCCGCUGCGCCAACCUCAUCCUCAACCUUGGUCGUGAACCCUACGGCCACUGACCCGGCCGCCGUCUAUGCUGCUCAAGCUACAGCCAAGACCGAGAGUCCAACGAGCCAUGUCAAGGGCAAAGUCUUCGACCGCUUCGUAACAAUCUGGUUCGAGAAUACAGACUUUCAAUCCGCUGCCGCCGAAGCAAACUUCGACUUCUUCGCAAAGAAGGGCAUCACUCUGGAGAACUACUUCGCUGUUACGCAUCCCAGUGAGCCCAACUACAUGGCCGCUGUUGGCGGUGACUACUUCGGAUUGAACGGCGACCCAUUCAUCGCCGUGCCAGAGAAUGUUUCCACCGUCGUGAAUCUUCUCGAGGACAAGAAGAUCAGCUGGGGUGUUUAUCAGGAAGAUAUGCCAUACAGUGGAUACCAAGGCUUCUCAUGGGUCAAUAAAAAAACUGGCAAGAAAGACUAUGUUCGCAAACACAACCCAGCAGUCUUGUUUAACUCCGUUGCCAACGACGCAGACCGUCUCUCCAAGAUCAAGAAUCUUACCAUGUUCCAGCAGGACUUGAAAGCUAACAAGUUGCCACAAUGGAUGUUCAUCACACCAAACAUGACCAGCGAUGCACAUGACGCCCCCAUCGGCACAGCUGGUACCUGGCUCCGAACUUUCCUCGAGCCUCUUCUCAACGACAAGAACUUCAUGCAGAACACCAUGGUUCUGAUCACCUUCGACGAAGACAGCACGCACCCCAAGCAGAACCGGGCCUUCUCUGUCCUUCUCGGCGACGCCAUCCCCAAGAACCUUGUCGGCACCACCGACUCCAACUUCUACAACCAUUACUCUGAGAUUGCUACCAUUGAGGCGAACUGGGAUACCCACACUCUCGGCCGCUAUGACGUAGGCGCCAAUCUUCAGCAAUGUCGCCAAGCACACGAAUGACAAGCUGCGUAGCUGGACAGGCACGCCAGCACUCGCAGACACCACCUUCAACGCCAGCUAUCCUGGUAUCUUCCACUCAACGACGUGGGCGCCUCAGCCAGUGCCCAACACCUUGAUCAAAGUGAACGGAAGAAGCGUUCUGCCAAAAAUCAGGAAGCAGUGGGUUUCCCAGCAGAAGAAGACGACGUAUUGUGGACAACUGGAAAUCCCGACCUCUGCGAACCCACCCAAGGGAACAUGUCCCGGCCCUCGGGCAACGGCGAUCACUCCGAGAAGCAUCACGGCUAAGCCGAUAACUGAGUUGGAUCCUUCCUUAACCCUCUUGCAAAUACUCGCUGUGCAAGUUUUGUCCUUCGUUUAAUUAGAAUUGACUCGUCUGGCAAUGAAGGUUUUAGCCCACUUAGACCUAGAUUACUAGAGGAGACGCACGUUUUGCAUUACUUGUUAUGUGUGGGUUGAGUGUAGGUAUUAUUAUCAAAUCUUGUGGCAUCUAAAUCUAAAUCAUCUCGAAUGCCAGUGUUUAAUGCUUUGCGGUAGCUCUCCUAUGUUUCGCCCACAAAAACCGGGAAAAUAAAUCGACCUUGCCUAUAGUGCCGCCUUCCUUGAAAUCCGCUCCCAUUAUUGCCUUGUACUGAUCUGGCCGAAACUCGCUGACUAGCAAGAAUCCGCUGAGAAUGUAAUUGGUGCAUAUGCCACUUCCACUUGCGCAUUAGAGGUUUUGAGCCGUAAUUGCAUGGCAUGAUUGCAAGUACAGUCAACUCCCGUUAAGUCGAUACAAUUGGUG